UGAAUGUUGUUCAAUUCCACCACUAGAAACCACUAAAUUAAUAGUCUUUUGACAAGUUAUUGUUGACAGUUGAAAAGUUACUGAAAUACAAUAUUCAGUUUCUCGGUAGAUAACUGGAAUUUCUUUUGGAGUAAAUUUCAUAUAUGUUGUGAAUAUAAUAUGAGAGCUUAAGUAUUGUUAUGAUGUUGUCAUGUUCUUGGUUUCCUCCCGCCAGACAGACGUACCGCGGCGCGGCGUGGCCUGGUAAACAGACAAUCCUAUUUGUCGGGGGACUAAGCCCUACAAGACUCACAGUUGUCAGACUUCCUGUGGGUUUAUGUAAAUUAGAUUUUCCCCCACAAACGCGUUGUUUCCAAAAUGGCAGCUGCUCCUCAAGAAGAUGACCUGCUUAGACCUCAUGUUAUUGUUUUGUUUAUGGUUUUUUAUUGAGUGAUCGCUGUUUGGAUUCUUUGCCAUGGUUUUCUUGCCAUGUCUUCAAAAUUGUGUUAUUGUGCUCCCCUCUCGUAUUUGCUCCUCACUUUCUUGUUUUUACAUUCUCUCGACUGUUUGGCGACUGCGUCGCCGCAGGACGACGAUGACUCUAUGGAUACGGACGGGUUCCAAGAACAGUUUCUCCUGGAGACUCCGACUCCUGUGGAGGUGGAGCACAGGUUCCGGGGCCCUAUCGCACAGCUCGACGAUGAUUUUGAUGAAAAACCCAUUUCCCCUCACAUAGAUAAACCUAUUUCCGCGCUUGUUCGCCCCGACCACCUUAAAAUCGUACACAAAGUAUUUACUUCUCCUGAAGACGAAAAAGGAGUCGCAGACUCCAAAAGAAGGGAACAUCCAAAAUUGCCGGAGUUGGAAAAGACUGAACGAAUCGAUCGUUUAAUAGGAGGUGUGGGGGGAGCCGAUGAGGAUGAUGAAUCUAAAUCCAAAAAGGUUUCGGGUCAGAAAAAAGUAGUUGAUUGGUUACCGGGUACAAUCGAUAACGGCAAAAGCACAAAACAAGGUCCGCGACGAGAUGAUGUCAUAGAAAUUAAGAUUGCUGAUGGCGAAAAAAAUGUCAAAGUCGCAAGUGGUAAGAUAGAGGAUGAAAAAGUGAAACAUGUAGGAACUAGUCCUGGAAAUGGAAAUACUGCAUUAAGUCCUGUUUCCGCUUUAGAUUCAAAAAGUCCCCAACCACCUACAUUAGAACUUGUUAUUGGCAGAAAGGAAAUUCGUACUCGAGAGGCUAGUGCAACCUCUGAAAGUAGGCUAACGCUGUAUACUGCACAUGAUGUUGAAAUAUCUAUAAGAUCACAAUCUCAUAUAAGUCUAACAACAAAAAGAAGAGACGCUGGGGGUAAGGAAACUUCGGAGACUGUUGAUGUUGAUACCGAAAUUGUAUCAGACGAGAAAGAUGCCGUCGGAGAGUAUAUUAUUCCGCCAGAACAUACUAAGGAAAGAAAACGAGAGGAAAGUGUUAUAUUUAGUGGCAAAAAAAGUAUCUACACAUAUGACUCUUACGAGGGGACUUCACCGGUAUUUGACAGUCCUGUGACUGAUGAAAGUGUAUCUCACCACAUUACAGAUACCGGAAUUAGUAUAACACGAGGUACAGCAACAGAAACUAUUACCAGUACCACAGAACACGUGGACCAUGAAAUCAAAGGGAUUAUAUCUGAUACCGCAGUUGACGUAGAACUUGAAGAACUUGAAUUAACUGAUGCUGGGUUAAGUCCUAUACAACCUGAUGAUGCAGGCUUACCUUCUUCCGAUAUUACGUUUAUUGAAGAGGAGAUGAGUCAUACAAAAUACUGUGAUGUCGGUGUCAGUCCAAUAGAAUAUUUGUCAGAAUCCAUAGCCCUUUCUCCUUUGCAGGUGGCCACGUGUGAAAUAGCUGUUUUAACAGACAAUGUUGAAACACGUGACGCUGGUGUUAGUCCGAUAAUGCUAGAAGAGACAAAGUUUGAGAAUGGUUUAAUUCAAACUAGACCUAAACACAUGAUAGAAAAUGAGUUUGUCCUAGCUAGGCGUGGUUCUGGUGAAGUAAAAGCUAUUGUAAAACUUCUAGAGGAGCAAUCUCGAAUAGACGACGUCACAGUGUUAAGAGAUCAAAAGAAGAAAGAAGAAAAAGAUGGCAUUGUGAUUCAAAUAGAUCGUAAUGACGAGAGUUCGAAACAAAUAAUAACUCCCAAGAAAGAAGACUACGAUAAAUCAGCUAAAUAUAGACAGACGGACAGUAACAUUCCAUCAGAUGACGUUUCUUCAACUACAUCACCUGCUCAUGUCAAAACUAUUGGACCUAAAAUCAAACAAUUACAAAAAAUAUUUACUCAGUCCGUCGAAACGGAAACUGACGACGAAAUAUCUGAUAUUGAUAAUCAGAUUUGGGAGUUGAGUUAUGAUGAGUCACAUUCCAAGGGAGUUAUUGAUGUUACAGACGAAGAAACAGCAGACUUUGAUGAUGAAGGAAAAGACGAAGAACCUCUCCCUCAAGUACACAAAGUUAUAGAGAGUAUUGAAAAACGAAUCGCAACACAAUCUUCUUUAUCAAUUAACGUUAAACGUGCCAAAGAAGUGAUUGAAUCAAAGACAAAAGAGUUAGAAACUAUAUCAGUUGGAAAUAAACUGACCGAAGUACUCAAAGCUGAGGAAAACAUUUUAUUGAGACUGGAAAAAGCCACAACAUCUAAACUGGACGAGCACAUAUUCAAGGAACAACAUUUGGAAACAGUUCAAUCGAAACCGGACCAAAAAGAAUUAAUUGAAAAUGGUUCAAAUCUGCAAUACAAGCUGUUAGAAAUACUCAGUAGUGAAAAAGAAGCUUUAUCUGGAAUUGACGAAGCCAUAACUGUAACUGAAGGAAAUAUUUCCGUCCCACCUUGUGAUAUUCUUAAAAGUUCCACUGUAGAUAACGUUAGUGAAUUAAGUGUUGUAAAUAUAGUUCAUAGAGAUGUAAUUCGAAAUGAAAAAACAGUGCCUCAUGAUAAAGAAAUAAGUGCUGACAAUGAAGUGCCUACAAACAAAAUAGAUCUUGUUCCAGACAAUAUAUUAGUUAAUGAGCCUAUUAUAAUACAAGAUAAUAUUGUCCCAGCGGAAUCUAUUGACUCUAGAGAAGUGAAAGAUGUUAUGGAAAAAACAACAAUUGAUAGAAAAAAAAUAGAAACUGUAAAAAGUGACAAAAGGAAAGUUAUUUUAACUGAAGACUUAAAAAAACUCAUUGACGAAGAAAAUGAACUUCAAAAAAAACAAACAGAACAAAUAAAGAAAUUACCGAAAUUAGAAAAGAAAAUCACUCAAUCGCCAGUACUAGAAGAAACCAUCGUUCCUAAAAAAAUCUCAUGGAGAGAAAAUGAAAGUCUGGUAAGGUCUUCUGAAAAAGUUACAGAAACUCAAAAACAAGAGGAUUUGUCUAAACAAGAAAAGAAAAAGUUAGACUUAGAUGACAAUCAACUUUUUACAGGUGAAUCCAAAAAACUAGCAUCUAAAGCAACGGAAAUUGACGUAAAAGUCCUCAUGUCGGAAGUAAAAGAGUUCACAAGACAAAUAAAGGAGGAAGUUAGGGAACUAAAGCCAGAUUUAACUCCAACCCCAGAUGGUAAAGACAUAUUUUUACAUGAUGAACAAAGUAAAACAGACAUAGAUUUUAAAUAUCUUUCCACAGAUAUUGAUUUAAAUACACUAAAUGAAUUUAAACAAAUAGAUACUCAGAUGUAUUUACCAGCGGGCCCUGAACAUAAAGAUGAUUACGUGGAGAUGACGAGUACAACGACAACAAAAAUCAAAACUGAUAAUGUGUCGAAAAAGAAACCUUACAGUGGGCAUGCUAUUGUUGGUAUUGUACAUAAAGACACCAUGUAUGAUAAAAUAGAUCAGGUAGAACGAGUCGAUAAGGAAAUUACUAAGUUGGAGAUUGAGCGAGUAGAAGCAGUAGUAACGGAAAUAACAAAAGCAGAGGAAGAGACAGUAGUAGUGGACGAUAUGGCUAAAGUUACAUCAGUCAGUGAAAUCGAUGAGGUUGAACCAGUCGAUGAGAAAAUCACAAAGGCAGAGGUUUCAACUGUCUUAGAAGAGAAACCACUUUUACCAGUCGUCAGUGAUCAUACAGAAACCGUAGUUGAAGACGUUUCAAAAACAUCCGAAGUGAGCACGUUAGAAAAGAAACUCAUCGUAUCAGAAACACCGGAGAUAGAGCGCGUUGAACCCGUAGUUACGGAAAUAACAAAAGCGGAGGAUGAGGUAUUAUUAGAGGAUGAUCUGGCUAAAGUGACAUCGGUUAGUGAAACCGAUCGGGUAGAACCAGUGGAUAAGGAAAUUGCUAAGGCAGAGGAUGGAAGUGUAUCUCAAGAGAAAACGGGUUUGCCAGAAUCCCCUGCAGAAAUAAAACAUGUAGAUCUUGAGAUUGAGAAAAUUACAGACACUGAUGUCGAGGCUGUGUUGGAAGAGGAACCCUCCGAUGAUAAAGUUUCUGAUCAGGUAGAAACUGUAGCCGAGGACGUUUCAAAAAUAGCCGAAGUUAUUAAGUUAGAAGAGAAAAUCAUCACAAAAGACACAACGGAGAUUGAGCAUGUUAAACCGGUAGUUUCAGAAAUAACAAAGGCGGAGGGAGAGACUGUAACAGACGAUGAUGUGGCUCCAGGAAAAACAGUUACUGUCAUCGCUGAAGUAGAACCUAUCGAUGAGGAAAUUACAAAGGCUGAAGUAGAUAUUAUUUUGGAAGGAAAACCGGUCAUUGCAGAAACUCCUUUAGAAAUAACGCAUAUUGUAACUGAAGUUAAAGAAAUUACAGUGACUCACGAUGAGCCUGUGUUGGAAAAAGAACCCUCUGAAACUAAACCUGCUUCUGAAAUUACUCAUGCACAAUUGGUGACUAAAAAAAUAAUAAAGACGGCCGAAGAUACUAAGUUAGAAGAUAAACUCAUCACAACAGAAACUCAGUUGGAGAUUGAGCGAGUAGAAGCCGUAGUAACAGAAAUAACAAAAGCAGAGGUAGAGACAGUAGUAGUGGACGAUAUGGCUAAAGUUACAUCAGUCAGUGAAAUCGAUGAGGUUGAACCAGUCGAUAAGGAAAUCACAAAGGCAGAGGUUACAACUGUCUUGGAAGAGAAACCGCUUUUACCAGUCGUCAGUGAUCAUACAGAAACCGUAGUUGAACACGUUACAAAAACAUCCGAAGUGAGCACGUUAGAAGAGAAACUCAUCGUAUCAGAAACACCGGAGAUAGAGCGCGUUGAACCCGUAGUUACGGAAAUAACAAAAGCGGAGGAUGAGGUAUUAUUAGAGGAUGAUCUGGCUAAAGUGACAUCGGUUAGUGAAACCGAUCGGGUAGAACCAGUGGAUAAGGAAAUUGCUAAGGCAGAGGAUGGAAGUGUAUCUCGAGAGAAAACGGGUUUGCCAGAAUCCCCUGCAGAAAUAAAACAUGUAGAACUUGAGAUUGAGAAAAUUACAGACACUGAUGGCGAGACUGUGUUGGAAGAGGAACCCUCCGAUGAUAAAGUUUCUGAUCAGGUAGAAACUGUAGCCGAGGACGUUUCAAAAAUAGCCGAAGUUAUUAAGUUAGAAGAGGAAAAUCGUCACAAAAGACACAACGGAGAUUGAGCGUGUUACACCGGUAGUUCCAGAAAUAACAAAGACGGAGGGAGAGACUGUAUCAGACGAUGAUGUGGCUGCAGUAAAAACAGUUACUGACAUCGCUGAAGUAGAACCUAUCGAUGAGGAAAUUACAAAGGCUGAAGUAGAUAUUAUUU